UUGAGGGUAGAAUGGGAUUUAAGAGUUACACUGAUGAAGGGCCCAGGCCUGGCGGAGUUCCUCUCAGGACCCCUGCGGGGUCGGUGGACUUUAAAGGGAGCAAAACCUGAAGGAAUAUUGAUGCCGAAGGGACAUGGCUAGAAGAAAAUUCCCUUGGGAUUCAAAUUUUUCUGAAGAGGAGUAAGAUGAGGUUCUCCAACGUCGUCUUGGUGCCUGUCUUCACCCAGCUGAACAAUCUCGGGAACUGCCUCCCAACUGCUGGUGCCGCCUCCGCUGCCAUUUGCGCCCUCCGCCUUUGUCCCAGCCAUGUCACUCCUGGCGACCCUGGGGCUGGAGCUGGACAGGACCCUGCUCCCAGCUAGCGGGCUGGGCUGGCUCGUAGACUAUGGGAAACUCCCCCUGGCCCCUGCCCCCCUGGGCCCCUAUGAGGUCCUUGGGGGAGCCCUGGAGGGCGGGCUUCCAGGGGGGGGAGAGCCCCUGGCAGGUGAUGGCUUCUCUGACUGGAUGACAGAGCGGGUUGACUUCACGGCCCUCCUCCCUCUGGAGGCCCCUCUGCCCCCAGGGACCCUCCCUCCACCAUCCCCAGCACCCCCUGACCUCGAAGCCAUGGCAUCCCUGCUCAAGAAGGAGCUAGAACAGAUGGAAGACUUCUUCCUUGAUGCCCCACUCCUCCCACCACCCUCCCCACCACCACCACCACCAGCAGCACCCUCCCUGCCCCUGCCCUUGCCCCUGCCCACCUUUGACCUCCCUCAGCCUCCUACUCUGGAUACUCUAGACCUGCUGGCUGUCUACUGCCGCAGUGAGGCUGGGCCAGGCGAUGCAGGCUUAGCAGCCCUGCCUGUCCCCCAGCAGCCUCCUCCUCCUCUGGCCCCUCUGCCUUCACCCUCCCGCCCAGUCCCCUAUCCUGGUCCUGCCACCACCCGAGGGGACCGCAAGCAGAAGAAGAGAGAUCAGAACAAGUCAGCGGCUCUCAGGUACCGCCAGAGGAAGCGGGCAGAGGGCGAGGCCCUGGAGGGCGAGUGCCAGGGGCUGGAGGCUCGGAACCGGGAGCUGAGGGAGAGGGCCGAAUCGGUGGAGCGGGAGAUCCAGUACGUGAAGGACCUGCUGAUAGAGGUGUACAAGGCCCGCAGCCAGAGGACCCGCAGCACCUAGGGUGAGGUCCGUUAUCCCUCCACCCCAGCCGUAUUCCAGCCCUGCUUCACUCUGCUGUCCCAGCCAUGUCUGCAUUUCCCCACCUAUCCCCAUUCGGGUUAUUUGGCUUAGUCAGUUUCCGUAGCCCUUCAGUGCAGCUAAGGAGCCAGGGCCCUCAGGGAAUUUGAGGACCCAGCCUGAUCCCUGGUUUCUGGAGUCUAAAACAAGUGUGUUUUUGCAGGUAGUCAUAGUUUGGGUGGGGGGGGAUGGGCCUGGUAUGGAGGUAAGGCAGGAAGCCCAUCAGGGUAACUGGAUAAGACCAGUCAGGGAGAGAGGGUUUUAAUGAGGGGACAUGGGAUCCAAGUGAUAAGCCAACCAAGGGAAGGGAGCCGCCUCCUCGGAGCAGGAGAUCUACUGGCCAAGGGAGAGAAAAGGGUGGCUGUAGUUGGUAACUAGGGGUCAUUUUAGCUCUGGGAGAGAAUCAGUGUUUUGUAAAGGUGUUGGGGAAGGGUCACAUCUAGUGGGGCUGAGCAUCCAGGGGUUAUGGGCACAAAUAAAAUGCAGAAUUUCCUGUG